ACAGAUAUUGUUAGAGAUAUAGUCUUGCUUUUAAGACAAACAUCUAGCAAGGUUACCUCUUUGAGCUGCUCCUUUUCUUCUACACUUGCUCAAACUUACAGUGCUGAUACAUUUGAACAGCUUAUUUGCUUCCACCUGCUGCAGAUUCAAUGAGGAAGGGGUGGGAAUAACAGGCAGCUAUUCUGUCCUAUGAAGAUGCUAGUUCCUGGUUUGACCAGCCAAUCCAUGUCAUAGGUUGGGUGAUGCAGCUUGCAACCACCAGGUUUUCAGACUCAACUGUGUGAGUGUCCCAGGUGAAGAAGUUUGCAGAGCAACAUGGAAACAGCAAAUCUGUGUGGAAGGAGCCUGGAUCUGCACCUAUGAAAAGCAAAAUGUUCCCACUGGAUCCUGCAUUUUAAGAACAGAUACAUUUUACAAGGACAGAUUUCAGUUGUAACAACAACAAAAUAAAAUGAGGUCAUGUAAGAUAAUACUUUGAUUCAUUAGAAUAUGUCCAACAUCUGUUUCCAUUGGUGGGAAGCAACGUAGGGGCCAAAAUGUAACAAAAUAACCCAACUUUCCUGAAGAAAUCAGGUUUCUCCAUUGCCCAGAACUCAGUGUUUAUCCAAAUCAUCCACAGAGAUUGUCCAAGAGACUCCCUCCAUGAACAACCAGCAUCCAAUACAGCUAUGGCACAUGCUCUUGAUUCUUUCCAGGAUGAAAUUAUUUACCCCACUCAUUCUCGGGGCUCCAGUAGUGAUAUCAGCACUGCUAACCGUCUCCUACUGAGCAAGCAGAACCGGAUGGUGAAUGGGAACCACCGAGGCAUCCGUACUUCAUCCCCCAUGGGAAGAGUUAUCCUCAUCAACUCACCCAUUGAAGCUAACAGUGAUGAGAGUGAUGCCAUCAUUACCAUUACGGUAGAAAAAAGUGCAGGUGGGAAGCUGGGCUUCAGCGUGCGUGGGGGUUCAGAGCAUGGCUUGGGUAUCUUCGUCAGCAAGGUGGAGGAAGGCAGCAGUGCAGCGCUGGCUGGGCUAUGUGUUGGAGAUAAAAUCACAGAGGUGAACAGUGUGAGCUUGGAGAACAUUACAAUGGGGAGUGCAGUGAAAGUCCUGACAGGGAACAACCGGCUGCGGAUGGUUGUGAGACGCAUGGGCAAGGUGCCAGGGAUAAAGUUCUCCAAAGAAAAGACCACAUGGGUUGAUGUGAUAAACAGACGCUUGGUUGUGGAGAAGAGUGGCUCAACCCCAUCAGAUACCAGCUCUGAGAUUGGCAGGCGGCGGAUUGUUCACCUUUACACCACAUCGGAUGACUACUACUUGGGUUUCAACAUCCGUGGGGGAAAGGAGUAUGGCCUUGGCAUCUAUGUCUCCAAAGUGGAUCCCGGUGGGCUGGCUGAGCAAAAUGGGAUCAAGGUCGGUGACCAAGUCCUUGCAGCCAACGGAGUCAAGUUUAACGACAUCAGCCAUAGCAAGGCAGUGGAAGUGCUAAAGGGGCAGACCCACAUCAUGCUGACCAUCAAGGAGACAGGGAGGUUCCCGGCAUACAAGGAAAUGGUGGCUGAGUACUGCUGGCUCAAUAGAUUAGCCAAUGGCCAGUUGCAGCAGCUGUCACAGACCUCUGAAUCCAGCUCGUCGGUCUCAUCCUACUCCUCAGGGACUCCAUUCAGCUCCAUGAAUGGCCUGCAGAUGACCCCCACCCCAGUAUCCAGUUCAGCUCAAGGCUGCAUGGUGGAUAUUGGCAUCUCUACUGAGGACCCGCCAAUCCGGAACCGAGGCCUAGAGAGGGCAGAGACAGCCAUGCAGACUGACCCACCAGCUGAUGGGGCCUCCUUGUCAGGAAGCCUGAUCACCGAGACUCGCCGGAUCGUGCGGCCCAUGGAGAUCCUAAAGGACACUGCGAUCCGCUCAGAAACCCUCAAAGAUUCCUUCCACCUGAGGAAGCACCGGCCCUUCAGCAGCAAGGAGACCACAGAUCCUUCCCCCAAAACAGCACUCCUUCUGGCACUCAGCCGUCCCCGGCAGCCUAUCAAGAGAUCACAGAGCUAUCUGACAAUCUGUGAGGAGAAACGCCAGAGGAAGAAGGAGAAACCAUCAACUUCAGAGAAGAAAGUCACCUUGCAGCGCUCCAAAACCCUCAUGAACUUGUUCUUUAAGGGCACCCGUUCAGGAAAGCCAAGCUCAGCAGCUGGGUCACCAGAAGCACCAAGGCGGUCCAAGUCCCCAGCACACUCUGAGGGGGAGAAAGAAAAAGGCCGUGCUUUAAUCUCCCUGGGUCUGAGGGACUCAUCGUUAUCAUCCCCUCAGCACAACGGCAGCAAGCCCAGCACAGGGCCUGAGAGCCACCUGAUGCUUAUUGAAGACAUGGCCCGGAAGCUGCUGAUGGAGGAUGAGGUGGCAGCUGUGUUGAGGCACUGCACCCGGUACAUCCAUGAAGGAGGGGUUGAAGAUCUGGUGAGGCCACUGCUGGCGAUUCUUGACCGGCCUGAGAAAUUGCUGCUUGUCCGAGAUAUUAGGAGUGUGAUUUCCCCUGCGGAUCUGGGCCGUUUUGACAGCAUGGUUAUACCCAUGGAGCUGGAAGCCUAUGACACGCUGAAGAGCAGAACAGCGAGAUCACCUGCUCUUCGCUCAGCACAACAUGAAACACCUCCCAAGAGACAUCUUAUCACUCCAGUGCCUGAUUUCAAGGGCGGUUUCCUUCUGAAGCCAGUGACAAAUGAAGAUGAGACAGCAGAACUGAAUGAUGGGAUGAAAAGACUGCAGCUCUCUUCCAGCCCCAGACGGACUCGCCCUCGAAGCUACUCCCCUCUUGCUGAUGUGCCAGUGGAUGCUUACACUUCCCAAAGCAGUCCCUCCUUGGCAGCCAGCAGCAAGCAUCCCAACUGGCCACUAAAUAAGACCACAGAAAUGUCAAUGAACUCCUCAGCACCCACCAAGGAUGUGUCAGAGCAGGGAGAUGGACGGCCUGGCCGAGGGAGGCCUCGUACACCAAAGUCAAGCCAUGGCAAAGCCACGCUGCGGGGGCCACAUAGGGAGGCCCAGCCUGCCAAGGACACCCUGUACUCUGUGAUCAACCGGCCACGCAAAGCUAGGCCUCUCCUCUCACAUCUCUUUGGGGAAAUCCAAACAACUAGCAAGGGGGUUCAAGCAGAGACAGGAGAUGAAAUCCCAGAUGGUCUAGUCCAAAAUGGUACUGGUGACACUAAGGAGGAAUAUGAACUGCUCACUGUCCGCCUGCCCAAGAACAAGCAGUCACUGGGGAUCAGCAUUUCAGGUGGAAUAGAGUCCAAAGUGCAGCCAAUGGUGAAGAUUGAGAAGAUCUUUCCUGGGGGAGCAGCAUCCCUGAGUGGAAAACUGGAGGCUGGCUACGAGCUGGUUGCAGUGGAGGGAGAGAGCCUGCAAAAUGUAACACACCAACGCGCUGUAGAGAUCAUCCGGCAGGCCUAUCGCAACAAAGCCAGGGAACCCAUGGAGAUUGUGGUGAAGGUGCCGAAGAAAACAAAGUAAUACAGUAGACAAAGCAACUUGCCCUGAAGAACAUGGCCAGCUCAAAAACGAGUUGCAACCCCUGCUGUAAGGUUCAUUAUGCCUAUCUAAUUGCUCAGUAGAGCUAUACGAGAUAGGUUAAGUAAAACAGCAACCCGAAGGCUUGAUGGAUCAACAGCUUCCAAAUUCCAGGAAGGCAUGGUUCAAGAAGAAUGGGGGAAAUGCAAGUGAAC